AUGCCUGCAUGCUCUACAUAUUGUCCGCCUACGUACCCUCCCCCUUCCCUUGUCCUUUUGAAAGUUUCCUGCAUAUUUCACCUCACCCUACCUCCACCCCAUGUCUCCGCGCUCUACAUCGUCCGCCUGCGCUCCGCACCGCCCGUCGCCUCAUACACAGGCGGAAUCCCCGGCUUCCCGGCAACGGCCGUGUGGGGCAGCGACCCUAAUGGCAACGCGAUAGAUGCCACGGCGGACGAUGCAUCCAACGGUGCCGAUGCAGCCAACGGUGCGGAUGCAGCCAACGGUGCCGAUGCAGGCAACGGUGCCGAUGCAGCCAACGGUGCCGAUGCAGCCAACGGUGCCGAUGCAUCCAACGGUGCCAAUGCAGCCAACGGUGCCGAUGCAGCCAACGGUGCCGAUGCAGCCAACGGUGCCGAUGCAGCCCACAGUACUGAUGCUGCCAACGGUGCCGAGUUUUCCUCCUCUGUGACUAGCAAUGGUGGCGUUGACGCUGCUUCUGUUGAAAGCAACGGUGGCGUUGGCACGGCUUCUGGUGAACCUGUCACCGCUGCGGCUGCUGCCGCUACCAGCGGUUCAGUAGGCACAAACCGUCGGUUGCGGCGGCCGCGGUUGAACAUGAGGGCGCCGGGCGUGAGGGCGUUCAAGCAGCUGCUGCAGCGCAUGCAGCAGGCCGUGCUGAGAGACAGCGGGGUGGACGCAGGGAAGAUGGUUUACAGGCGUCUCUAUCACUCUUGCACCCCUCACCACAACCAGCUACGUGCGCGCGUCGAAAGACUUCUCAGUGGCCCUCUCCCUUCUUGUUUCCGCCACCCGCCCUCCCCUGCGCGCCUUCUCUCUUCUUCCCCUACCCGCCCUCCCCUGCGCGCCUUCUCUCUUCUUCCCCUACCCGCCCUCCCCUGCGCGCCUUCUCUCUUCUUCCCCUACCCGCCCUCCCCUGCGCGCCUUCUCUCUUCUUCCCCUACCCGCCCUCCCCUGCGCGCCUUCUCUCUUCUUCCCCUACCCGCCCUCCCCUGCGCGCCUUCUCUCUUCUUCCCCUACCCGCCCUCCCCUGCGCGCCUUCUCUCUUCUUCCCCUACCCGCCCUCCCCUGCCCGCCUUCUCUCUUCUUCCCCUACCCGCCCUCCCCUGCGCGCCUUCUCUCUUCUUCCCCUACCCGCCCUCCCCUGCGCGCCUUCUCUCUUCUUCCCCUACCCGCCCUCCCCUGCCCGCCUUCUCUCUUCUUCCCCUACCCGCCCUCCCCUGCCCGCCUUCUCUCUUCUUCCCCUACCCGCCCUCCCCUGCGCGCCUUCUCUCUUCUUCCCCUACCCGCCCUCCCCUGCGCGCCUUCUCUCUUCUUCCCCUACCCGCCCUCCCCUGCGCGCCUUCUCUCUUCUUCCCCUACCCGCCUUCCCCUGCCCGCCUUCUCUCUUCUUCCCCUACCCGCCCUCCCCUGCGCGCCUUCUCUCUUCUUCCCCUACCCGCCCUCCCCUGCGCGCCUUCUCUCUUCUUCCCCUACCCGCCCUCCCCUGCCCGCCUUCUCUCUUCUUCCCCUACCCGCCCUCCCCUGCCCGCCUUCUCUCUUCUUCCCCUACCCGCCCUCCCCUGCGCGCCUUCUCUCUUCUUCCCCUACCCGCCCUCCCCUGCGCGCCUUCUCUCUUCUUCCCCUACCCGCCCUCCCCUGCGCGCCUUCUCUCUUCUUCCCCUACCCGCCCUCCCCUGCGCGCCUUCUCUCUUCUUCCCCUACCCGCCCUCCCCUGCGCGCCUUCUCUCUUCUUCCCCUACCCGCCCUCCCCUGCCCGCCUUCUCUCUUCUUCCCCUACCCGCCCUCCCCUGCGCGCCUUCUCUCUUCUUCCCCUACCCGCCCUCCCCUGCGCGCCUUCUCUCUUCUUCCCCUACCCGCCCUCCCCUGCCCGCCUUCUCUCUUCUUCCCCUACCCGCCCUCCCCUGCCCGCCUUCUCUCUUCUUCCCCUACCCGCCCUCCCCUGCGCGCCUUCUCUCUUCUUCCCCUACCCGCCCUCCCCUGCCCGCCUUCUCUCUUCUUCCCCUACCCGCCCUCCCCUGCGCGCCUUCUCUCUUCUUCCCCUACCCGCCCUCCCCUGCGCGCCUUCUCUCUUCUUCCCCUACCCGCCCUCCCCUGCCCGCCUUCUCUCUUCUUCCCCUACCCGCCCUCCCCUGCGCGCCUUCUCUCUUCUUCCCCUACCCGCCCUCCCCUGCGCGCCUUCUCUCUUCUUCCCCUACCCGCCCUCCCCUGCCCGCCUUCUCUCUUCUUCCCCUACCCGCCCUCCCCUGCCCGCCUUCUCUCUUCUUCCCCUACCCGCCCUCCCCUGCGCGCCUUCUCUCUUCUUCCCCUACCCGCCCUCCCCUGCCCGCCUUCUCUCUUCUUCCCCUACCCGCCCUCCCCUGCGCGCCUUCUCUCUUCUUCCCCUACCCGCCCUCCCCUGCCCGCCUUCUCUCUUCUUCCCCUGCCCGCCCUCCCCUGCCCGCCUUCUCUCUUCUUCCCCUGCCCACCCUCCCUCUUCCCCCCCUUCUCAGCUACGUGCACGCGUCCAACGGUUUUGCAGCGAUCCUCACGGCAGCGCAGGUGCAGCGCAUGAGGCGGCACCCCUCUGUGGCGUCCGUCACGCCCUCUCGGACCAUCACACGCCACGCCACCUCCACCACCACCGCCGACGCGUACAAGUCUCUCAACCUGCCCCACGCCCUCUCUUCUGCUGCUUCCGCUGCUGCCUCUCCCGCUGAUGCCACUCCCACUGCUUCUGCCACUCCGGCUGGAGCGUCGAGCGACGGUGGCGAUGGCACGGUGAUUGGGAUUGUGGAUACCGGCGUGUGGCCGGAGCACCCCUCCUUUGACGACACCGGCUACAGCAGCACGCUCCCUGCUGGGUGGGCGGGCACGUGUCCCACUACAAGCGACUUCGCUUGUAACAACAAGAUUAUCGGAGGGGGCGUGUUUUACGCAGGCUUUGAGAGUGAAUAUGAAAGCGUGAACCUCACCCUCAACUGGCUGUCCCCACGGGAUUCUAGAGGCCAUGGCACAUGGUGUGCCGGGGGCGUGCGGUGCGUGCAUGUUGCAUGUUGCACGGCGUAUGGUGCACGGCACAUGGUGUGCCGGGUGAGUGCAGGGACAGCGGCAGCGGGCAACAGCGGGGUUGAGGUGCCUGGAGGGGGCACCAUCAGUGGCGUGGCUCCCAAGGCACGCCUGGCCAUCUACAAGGUGUACUGGCUUCAAUAUUCUUCGCUCUCAGAUGAAACGGACACCUACGGUACAUACGCAGACGUCUUUGCAGCCGUUGAUCAGGCCGUGGCGGACGGUGUGGAUGUGCUGGCCGUGAAUCUGAUGCCCUUACCAGUGGAGGUCGGCAAGCGGAACUACUUCGACGACAUUCCUUUCCUCGGCGCUCUUGCGGCCGGAGUGACGGUGGUCCUGGCAGCGGGCAACAAUCCCAAGUCGACACCAACUUUUCACCAGUACUGGUUCGGGCAGUUACAUGUCGUCAAGAACUCUUCACCCUACUACAUCAGCGUGGGGGCCAGGCUACCACAUGCUCUUCGUUCAUGCACUUCUCCACGCUCUCCUCCCUCAUCUCGCAUCUCCUCCCUCAUCUCGCAUCUCCUCCCUCAUCUCGCAUCUCCUCCCUCAUCUCGCAUCUCCUCCCUCAUCUCGCAUCUCCUCCCUCAUCUCGCAUCUCCUCCCUCAUCUCGCAUCUCCUCCCUCAUCUCGCAUCUCCUCCCUCAUCUCGCAUCUCCUCCCUCAUCUCGCAUCUCCUCCCUCAUCUCCUCCCUCAUCUCGCAUCUCCUCCCUCAUCUCGCAUCUCCUCCCUCAUCUCGCAUCUCCUUCCUCAUCUCGCAUCUCCUCCCUCAUCUCGCAUCUCCUUCCUCAUCUCGCAUCUCCUCCCUCAUCUCGCAUCUCCUCCCUCAUCUCGCAUCUCCUCCCUCAUCUCGCAUCUCCUCCCUCAUCUCGCAUCUCCUCCCUCAUCUCGCAUCUCCUCCCUCAUCUCGCAUCUCCUCCCUCAUCUCGCAUCUCCUCCCUCAUCUCGCAUCUCCUCCCUCAUCUCGCAUCUCCUCCCUCAUCUCGCAUCUCCUCCCUCAUCUCGCAUCUCCUCCCUCAUCUCGCAUCUCCUCCCUCAUCUCGCAUCUCCUCCCUCAUCUCGCACCUCCUCCCUCAUCUCGCAUCUCCUCCCUCAUCUCGCAUCUCCUCCCUCAUCUCGCAUCUCCUUCCUCAUCUCGCAUCUCCUCCCUCAUCUCGCAUCUCCUUCCUCAUCUCGCAUCUCCUUCCUCAUCUCGCAUCUCCUCCCUCAUCUCGCAUCUCCUCCCUCAUCUCGCAUCUCCUCCCUCAUCUCGCAUCUCCUCCCUCAUCUCGCAUCUCCUCCCUCAUCUCGCAUCUCCUCCCUCAUCUCGCAUCUCCUCCCUCAUCUCGCAUCUCCUCCCUCAUCUCGCAUCUCCUCCCUCAUCUCGCAUCUCCUCCCUCAUCUCGCAUCUCCUCCCUCAUCUCGCAUCUCCUCCCUCAUCUCGCAUCUCCUCCCUCAUCUCGCAUCUCCUCCCUCAUCUCGCAUCUCCUCCCUCAUCUCGCAUCUCCUCCCUCAUCUCGCAUCUCCUCCCUCAUCUCGCAUCUCCUCCCUCAUCUCGCAUCUCCUCCCUCAUCUCGCAUCUCCUCCCUCAUCUCGCAUCUCCUCCCUCAUCUCGCAUCUCCUCCCUCAUCUCGCAUCUCCUUCCUCAUCUCGCAUCUCCUCCCUCAUCUCGCAUCUCCUCCUCAUCUCGCAUCUCCUCCCUCAUCUCGCAUCUCCUCCCUCAUCUCGCAUCUCCUCCCUCAUCUCGCAUCUCCUCCCUCAUCUCGCAUCUCCUCCCUCAUCUCGCAUCUCCUCCCUCAUCUCGCAUCUCCUCCCUCAUCUCGCAUCUCCUCCCUCAUCUCGCAUCUCCUCCCUCAUCUCGCAUCUCCUCCCUCAUCUCGCAUCUCCUCCCUCAUCUCGCAUCUCCUCCCUCAUCUCGCAUCUCCUCCCUCAUCUCGCAUCUCCUCCCUCAUCUCGCAUCUCCUCCCUCAUCUCGCAUCUCCUCCCUCAUCUCGCAUCUCCUCCCUCAUCUCGCAUCUCCUCCCUCAUCUCGCAUCUCCUUCCUCAUCUCGCAUCUCCUCCCUCAUCUCGCAUCUCCUUCCUCAUCUCGCAUCUCCUCCCUCAUCUCGCAUCUCCUCCCUCAUCUCGCAUCUCCUCCCUCAUCUCGCAUCUCCUCCCUCAUCUCGCAUCUCCUCCCUCAUCUCGCAUCUCCUCCCUCAUCUCGCAUCUCCUCCCUCAUCUCGCAUCUCCUCCCUCAUCUCGCAUCUCCUCCCUCAUCUCGCAUCUCCUCCCUCAUCUCGCAUCUCCUCCCUCAUCUCGCAUCUCCUCCCUCAUCUCGCAUCUCCUCCCUCAUCUCGCAUCUCCUCCCUCAUCUCGCAUCUCCUUCCUCAUCUCGCAUCUCCUCCCUCAUCUCGCAUCUCCUCCCUCAUCUCGCAUCUCCUUCCUCAUCUCGCAUCUCCGCCCUCAUCUCGCAUCUCCUUCCUCAUCUCGCAUCUCCUUCCUCAUCUCGCAUCUCCGCCCUCAUCCUGCGUCUCUUCUUGCCCUUCUCAUGCCAACCAGCACCCUCCCUGCCCCACCACGCAGUACCGUGCCUCAGGCCGCCUUCAUUUGAAUGUCAACAACAACAACAACAGCAGCAGCAGCUGUACGAGCAGCCACUGGUGGGAACCGGACUUCCUGCCACCACCACCCCUUCAGCAACUUCCUACCCGAGGGUUCCCGAAUGGUCCGCGUCCGGCCCAGCCAUGAUGGCCCAGUGCACCAUCUGCCACCCAAGGAAGACUUUCCCCUCCAACGCCAUUCUCAAGCCGGACAUCAUCGCCCCGGGAGUCAACAUCCUUGCCGCUGCUUCCGGGGCAACCGUCGGCGAGACGGGGUCGUUCAUGGCUCGUAAGAGCACGGCCGUGGCGGCGGCGCAUAUUGCCGGUGUGGCUGCUCUGAUCAUCCAGCAGCAUCCUGAUUGGACGCCUGCAAAGGUCAUGUCUGCCAUGAUGACGACAGCGCGCCGCACAGACAACAAGAAGAAUCUUAUUAAAAAUCUACAUGGGAAGCCAGCCACGCCGUGGCAAAUGGGAGCGGGGCAUGUGUUUCCCGCUAGUGCGCUUGACCCUGGGUUGACCUAUGAUGCCGGGGAGCAAGAUUUCCGCAACUUUCUUGCUGACGUGAGCAUGAAAAGGGCUCGACAGACGUUCGGACAGGUCCCAGGAACCUGA